GUCUGUCGCCUUCGAAUUCGUCUCGGAGCAGAUCCGGCAAAGCUCAAUUUCCACGCUUCUUUCGAGUUCCCCAUUUCUCCCUUAGCUCACGCAGAAACUCAGAAACGGUUUUCAAUGGAGACCAGCCUCGCUCUCGUAGGACUUCAACUUCAACCGAGCUAUCUCCCCUGCCCGUCACGCAGGGCCUCUACUCUCCUCCCCGCUAACUUCUUCACAGACAGGCGACACUUGCCGCUCUCAUAUCUCAAGCUCCAGAACCAACGCUCUCUCAUCUCAUCUCGCCCUCAAGUGGCUUGUACUAUAUGUCGAGGAACUGCAGUAUCUAACAGUGAAACAUUCGAAUUGGAUGAUAUAGAUUGGGAUGACCUCGGAUUUGGUCUCGUGCCAACUGAUUAUAUGUAUGUAGCAAAAUGUUCCAAAGAUGGGAAUUUUUCAAAAGGUGAUUUACAAUGUUUUGGGAACAUCGAAAUGAACCCAUCAUCUGGUGUCUUAAACUAUGGGCAGGGAUUAUUUGAAGGUUUGAAAGCAUACAGGAAACUAGAUGGUUCUAUUUUACUAUUUCGUCCGGAUGAAAAUGCAUUACGGAUGAGGAUGGGUGCAGAGCGAAUGUGCAUGCCUGCUCCAACCACUGAACAGUUUGUGGAGGCCACAAAGAUGACUGUGUUGGCAAAUAAACGUUGGGUUCCUCCUCCGGGUAAAGGCUCCUUGUAUAUCCGGCCACUGCUCAUGGGAAGUGGAGCUGUUCUUGGUUUGGCGCCUGCUCCUGAAUACACCUUUCUAAUUUAUGUUUCUCCUGUUGGGAACUAUUUCAAGGAAGGUUUGGCACCAAUAAAUUUGGUGGUUGAGAAUGAAUUUCAUCGUGCAACUCCUGGUGGAACUGGAGGUGUAAAGACUAUAGGAAACUAUGCUUCGGUUUUGAAGGCACAAAGUUUGGCCAAGGCCAAAGGCUUUUCUGAUGUUUUGUACCUUGAUUCCGUCCACAAAAAAUAUUUGGAGGAGGUUUCCUCCUGUAACGUUUUUGUUGUGAAGCGUACAACUAUUUCUACUCCAGCAAUUAAGGGAACCAUUCUGCCUGGCAUUACCCGAAAAAGUAUAAUUGAUGUUGCUCAUAGUCUAGGGUUCCAGGUUGAGGAGCGCCUUGUAUCAGUAGAAGAGUUGCUUGAUGCUGAUGAAGUUUUCUGUACAGGAACAGCAGUGGUUGUGUCGCCUGUAGGAAGCAUAACUUACCUAGGUGAAAGGGUGUCCUAUGGGAAGACUGGCGUUGGUGCUGUGUCACAGCAACUCUAUUCUUCACUUACAAGUCUACAGAUGGGGCUUUCAGAGGACAAGAUGGGCUGGACUGUAGAGCUAAUGUAGUCACAGUAUUGCAUUCUAACUUAUGUGAAGUGUGUCAUGUAAUCUCAAGCUAUCUUUCAUGGAUGGUAAAGAUUUUCCAGUUGGCCUUUCUCCUCCCAUGUGUGAAUAUACCCUUGUUCCCAAAACAGUAUUUCUGUUACUAAAACAUGAAUAAAAUAGUGAAUGGAAAGGACAUGGAUCCUCAGAUUGAUUCGUUAUUCUCAGUUACAUGUCUUUAUACCUUAGUCAAAUGAGCUGACAGCCACAUACAUGUAGGACAUCAAACCGCUCUUCUCUAGUGGUUACCAAA